ACCAUGCGCUUCUCGUUCGUAUUAGUCCUGGUCGUCCUAGGAUGUCUCCUGUUCGUCCAGGAGGGCAGUGGUGCAUCGAGCACAACCACCACCGACUCCUCGACCACCACCACCACUGAAUCGUCCGACACCACAACCACCACAACCACCUCCUCCUCCUCCUCCUCGGCCACAACCACGACCACCGCCGCCUCGGCCACCACCACGACCACCACCACCUCUUCGUCCUCGUCCUCGAGCGCGGCUGCCCGUCGUCGCAGAGCCGCCGCCCGCCGCCGCCGAUUGGCUCGGCAACGUCGCAGGCGUCAACAGCGCCAAAGGCGCCGCCGCCAACAACAACAGCAACAAAGGAGACGCCAGCAAGGGCGGCAACAAGGGCGGCGGCGGAACCAGGGAUAGGCGAAGUUCCAAGCCUAGCGGGUUAGGGGUCUCUUUCUAUAAACCCAAAAAAUUUUAAUCACUAUUUGAGCCUGAGGUAUUGCAUCGGAGAUUUAGUAAAGCAUUUCAUUAUUUACAAAUGUGGAAAGAAGUUAGUCCCAACAAUUCGAUACUUGUGUACAAAUAGGUAACCUUGGCAUAUGCCAACUAUUUAUAAAUUAAGUUUUCCAUCACGCGAUACAUGUAAAGUAAAAGUUCCUAUUUAUGAUUAUGAGUGUUUCCUGUACCAGGACUGUUCAUUUCAUAUUAUACUAUUUUACCAUGAGACAUUGAAUCGGUCGGAUCGCUUUCAAGAGGGAAAGAUUUGUCGAAGGAACACUCACAUUUUAAAAAUAGCCACAAACUAUUCGCAUUUUUUAAACACAACUAUGAAAAGCGAAACAAACUAGAUGUUUUGGUAUGUUUCAUUGCCGUCAUAGACUGGAUAUCGUCCCGAAGGAUGCAUUUCACGUGUGUUGAAAA